UUAGCGUCAAACAUCCCCGGGUAAAUUUUCCAGAUGUUUUGCAUUUAUAGUUCGUUGUUAAAAUUGUUUACCCAACGAAAAGAGCAAGCAGUGAGGGCCCCACAAGCACUUAAAGGAUAACAUAAAAAGUGAACGCUGUACGCUGCUUUCUUGAACAUCCUUGAUUGCACAAUGACAGUUAUAUCUAAAUCUAAGAUUCCUCCAUGGACCGACGUCUUCUCGCAGAUCGAGGACAUUGUAUCAAACCAAACUGACGCGCCCUUCUGUGUAAGCAUUCCUUAUGGACUCCAAUUACAGAAGCAUCUCUGGAAUCCUGAACGCUUGCGAGUCGUAAGACACGUUAAAAACGGGACUGGACACAGCUUUAUAUCUCAUCACGGUGUCGGAAAGAAAAACGAAAUAAACAUCUGGAAAUUUUCGAAGGAAAAACAGCCAGGAAAUUUAGCAGAUGGCAUCAAAUCAGUCUCCACAGAUCUCAAGUUUGUGCAUAUUUUGUUUUCCCAAAGAAGAUGGGUUUAUAUCACGUAUUGCAAUGAUUUGUCCAUCAGAGUCUUUAGCGCUAAAUUUUGCCCUGUAUCUACCACAUCGGUAAACAAAACAGUUCUCAGCCUAGCUUACAAUGAGAUAAGAGAUGAAAUCGUCACUGGAGUCGCCGGCGGAAUAAUGACAUGGAAGUUCUCUGUUGGUCAAAAAGAUCCCUUAAUUCCCGGCCAGUUAAUAAGCUGUUCUUUCAAGCCGUUUGACUGGGUCAUGUCACUGACGAUUGAUAAUAUGUCUAAGCAGAUAUUGGCGAUAUCUGAUGUGAGGAUAUCCAUGAUAGAUCUUCACAAAAACACAGAGAGAUGUUUUUUUCAAAAGAAAUGUGACUUUUCCUUCACCACUUGUGUGUUUUACAACCCUGCCAGUUUCUUUAUCACAGGUGACAAAAAUGGAUCAAUUCGAGCGUGGAGCACCAGCCUUAACGGUUUUCCUUUGGUAACUCAGUUUCUAGGUGAAGUAUGGAACUUCGAUACAUGCGCACAAACUUUCAAAUUGGAAACAGGUGAAGAGGUGAUCAAUAUGAAACUACUCAGUGACGACCUACUGUACUAUCACUCGCACCAUCACAUCAAAAUAUGGAGUCUCAACUUAUUUCACAGUCUUUUUACUGCUCUGAGUUCGAGGAUUAGAAAAUGCACUAGAAUAAAAUCCCCAGGGUACCCCUCUCGGGUGUUAGUUCAUGCUGAGGAUGGUGGAGUGCGGUUGGUAUCUCCAGUUCAUGGGUACGAGCUUACAACUCUCCUGCCCAUGACAACCAUGGCAACUGAUGUGGUGGACGUUGCUCAUGAUCCUAGACAAGAGAAGAUUUACCUCGUGCUAGGAACCAGAGAAGUGUUGGUAUUCGAGAGUGACACAAACCCGUGUUGUGCACACCAGUUGUGGAUGCCCGAUAGCCCUGAUGAAGGAGUCUGCAGCCUAGCCCUGGUUAAUGCUGAGUUUGCCCUUCAUGAAAAUGAACUACCUUUGCAGUCAGGGCUACUCUUCGCAGGACAUUUCAAUGGACAGAUAUCACUCAUAAGCGGCAAAGAUGUUUACAUGAGAGAGAAAAUUCAAGCCCACCGAAGCCCGAUUACUUUCUUAAGAGUUUCUGCCUCUUGCACCGAGUCACGCGAUAGCCUUGCGUCUCGUGAUCACCUGAUUUCAUGCGGUACCGACUGCACGGUCAAAAUAUGGCAGCUUAUCCACCUGGAAAGGAAUCAAGUUUCCAUUCUACAAGUUGCACUUGUGAAAUUGCUGCAGGCCCCAAGAGAUCUUGCCAUGGCAGGCAACACUUUAUGCUUAGCAACGACUGAUAACAAUGUUAUCAUGUGCAGAGUACAGGCCGACGAAAAAAGGAAAAUCAGCCUUUUUAACACUUCUAAAAAGUCCCAUGAAUUCCUAAUGCAUUCCAAAGAUGAAGGACACUCUGCACUCAUCAACGGGCUGUCUUGUUGUUCGACGCUUGGUUUAUUUGCAACAUCCAGUGAAGAUCAAUACGUCAAGAUAUGGAACACCGAUAAUCAGCUUGUACGAGAGAUGUGUUUUGACGACUCACUAUGCGGGGUGUGCUUUGCAAAUUCACGAGGCGACAUUUUAGUGGGUUUUCAAUCUCAUAUCAGCCUGGUUACUAUUUUGAACUAUUUACCACUCUCAUAUUUGGAAAUUUUGUCCCGAAUGAACUUUGAUGAUGACCCUUUUGAGGAUCAGGUGCAGUUCGAUGAUCUAUUGAAAUUUUGGUACGAUCCCCAGCGUGUUCCACGAAUGCAUCUCGAAGCCAACAAACGAAAGCCACUAGAAUUUACAGAAAUAAAGAGACCCAAGAAGAGGAAAAAUCCCGAACGAAAAGAACCUGUGAUUGUAAAAACAAAACAAGAUAAAGAUGCGGGACAUGGCCUGUUCCAGCAGAAAAGCCAAUCUAGGAGGCUAUCUACUAAGAUUCACGUAAUGAUGGCUCUAAGGCGGUUAUCCAAAAUUUCGUCUAAAAAAUCACUGAAGAAAAUGGCAAACAGCAUUCUGGAAAAGCAGGAUGAGCCAGCCAAAAUAGAGGAUAGUCAAAAUUUGCAAUCGCCAGAGCCGUUACCUGUCAAGAAAGAGACCCCUAAAAUAUACUGGCCAUGUGCUCCCGACGGCUUCAUCCCAAACUCGGUUGUUCGCAAGUUCGUCAAAAGACAUGAAAAAAGUGAUGUGGAGGCGGAAGAGAAAAAAGAUGAGGAGGGAGCCGAGGACCUUAAAACCUCCGACUUUUGGAACCUCUGGAAAUCAUUGCAAGAAUCACUUGUCAAACAAAAAGAGAUCGAAGAAAGCUAUAAGAGGAAAAAAGAGGCAGGCAAGGCUAAAAGGCGGAAAGGAUCCAAGUUAGGGCGUCGUUUAGAUCCAAGGCCUCAAACAGGAACAUCAACCAGUGAAGAGCCACUGACAGUUGUUGAGGAGGAGGACGAAGAGGAGGAAAUCAAAGAGGAAGAAGAUGAAGAUGAGGACGAGGAACAGGAAGUAGUAGAACAGGAAGAAUCCAACCAGAGUCCAGAGACGAGUCCAGAAAGCAAUCCUGUGUGCUCACCUAUGGAGAUUCAAGAAUCACCAGAAAUUUUUGUUCAGGAGAGUGAUGAAGAGGAAACUGACGUAGAUGUAUCCGGGUAUCCUUCCAGCGAAACUGAUAGCGUGGACAGCGUCACGAGGCUUGAGACCACAUCCAAUACGCAUUUGCUUUCUCGCAUCCGAGGCAAGGAUUGGUAUCCAACGUUGCAGAAAUGGACAAGUCCCACUGUAGAUACAGUUUUAGACAACAUGCUGAGCGCUCUGAAGAAAGAGAAUCGUCUAAAGAACAUUAAAGACAUCUGUAAGGAAUUUCAGAACAUUGAGAGAGAGUUUGGAAUUCCCGAGGAAAAGAUGAACGAAAUACAAAGACAGUUCAUACGAAUGACUUCUAAUGAGGAUCCAUCGAUCCGUCGGGCAGCAGUCUGGGCUCUAGGUCAAUUAAACGUUCACCGCGAUGAUGCGUAUCUUUCCUUAGUGCGCAGACUCGUAGAUGAUGACAGGGACACCCGAGAGGAGGCAACAAAAGUUCUUAAAGAUCUCACAGAUGUGGAAACUAAGGAAGGGCUUUGCCGCCUAUUAAUAAACACGGGGGUGGUUCAUUUCCACCUGCCAUGCAACGACAACGCCGUGUUGCUUGAACUGGCUGAUAGACUGAAACUAGGCAAAUACAGAAAAGAGGGAAACGUAACAGUUGUGGAGGAAGAGGACGAAAAAGCCUCCUCCUUCAGUGAUCUUAGAACAACAUUAAGGAGAAAACCCUUUAAGGCCAAAUUCAAGCACCCAGAGACAAUGAAAUAUCGACUAAGAGGCGCUCCUCCCAGGCGACACGGUAUACUCGACAGAUCACCGUCUUUAGAGGAAACAGACAAAUUUAAGGCUAUUUUAGCGGAUUCGGCAUUAGGAUGCAAGUUGUUACAGAACAUGGAGUCAUUUAGACCAGACAUCACGCACAGCCAAGCUCCGGAAAGAGCAAAAGAUGUUGUGAAGAACUCAUUGAUUGGGGGGGCCAGUGUUUCUUCGCAGCAACCAGAUCAAGAAUCGCGCAAGGACGAUGACGAAAUGCAGAGAGAUAAGGAAGGAAGUGAUAUUCUCGCUUCUACAAGCAAGCAAUUCAGUCGUGGGGGAAAAAUUACUCAGAUCAGCAUAUUAGAUUGGUUCUCACCAUUCUCAAAAGAAGGAGGAAUUCAUAUUCCCGCUGCUACAAGCGGGAGAUUCAGCGGAAGAGAUACAAUGAUGACAAUAGGACGAAGCAUACAAAAAGAUCACAAAACACAGUGUAGAGCACCAUCUCAGAGAAUGAGUCACAGGACACAGAGUAAAACAUCUUCCCGUGGAUUGAGUCAGCGCACCACUGAAUUGCAAUCAAGAAUGGAACCCAAGGAUCAAAAAAGACAAACUCUUUUUCAUCGGGAAGGCCAUACACAAUAUUUAACUCUAACAGGGAUCCUUACAGUAAUUGGUAAGACCAUGGGAGUAAAUCAGUCGAGUGCUAAACUGCUUUUACUCAAGCUGAAGCGGACGAAACGGAUCAUAGCAAAACAGAUUUCAAUGGACGACAAUACAAUCCAAUCAUAUUACAGUGUUGGUGACUUAGUGGAAACCUGUUGUAAUUUGCCUCCAUUGGUGGAUACUCUGACGACUUUAGCACGCAAGGCGGCAAAGACUAAACAAGAAAUGAGGGUGAGCAUGCGAGGACUCUUCCACUCCGAACUGCUGAGCUUCACGCGGAAAGGAGACUAUGUUGUCAUCAAUGGCCUUGGAAGGCUGCCUGCAGAAUAUCAUGACGAUCUACAAGAAACAAGGCUAGAGGUAUUUGAGAAAUUGAAAAAAUGCUUAGAAAAUGAUGAGUUGUUUUCAUCUAGUGAAGUCAAAAUGGCCAAAUCAUUUACAAGUCUGCUUGAGCAUUUACUGUGGUUUUGCGCUAUCCUGGAGCCCGAGAUAAAAGUGCUUGAAACAACUCACACAUCUGGAAUGGAAACAUCGAGUCUAACUAUGCAUAAGACGAUCUCGCAGACUCAUGAGAUAAGUUUUUCAAGAAAGAAAACGGACGAGCAUGCUCAACCGAUAUUUGAACAGGCGUCACUUCAUCUUCGUUUGGGUCCAGGCAAUCACGGACAGCGACUGCUCAACUCCACACUGAUAAGAGCCAAAGCAUUGAGUGAUUCAAAGCUUCGGACCUUAAAGGAAACGCAAGAGUUUGUAGUUAUACCGCUUCCUCACAGGUUGUCUGUUCAUACUGGGAUGAAAAGGGAGGGAGAAAGUCAUUUUGGAAUAAUGGAAUUGACAUGGCGGGCUGGAACACCGCUACCGUCCUCAAAAACUGAAGCCUGCCAAAAAGAAAGAGCUAGCAGUCUUUCUGAACUAUCCGGUAAACCAGUGCAACUUGAGGAGCACUAUCGGCUAAAAGAGAAAAAGCAGAAAUCAAAAUCCAAAAUUCCAAAAUCAAAAAGUGUCCCUCCACUUUCGCAUUGUAAAGUGAAGCCGUUUGCUGAAAAGCAACUUACUUUAUUCCAAGCUGUGAACAGUUUGAACAGUAAAAAACGUAAGGACUUCCUGGCAGGACUCAUUGACUACAUUAACAACAAAAAUAUCAUCAAGAAAAAAUUCCUGGAUGAAAAUGGAAACUUGUUACCUGAGAGUUUCACUGACGUCCCACAGCCUCUCCACACUGCCACUCCUUUUUCUGUCCUUAUCUCUAGCUCUUCCACUAUGAGAAUGAUCAAUAACGGCGCAAUGACGUCAAUAAAAUCGGGCGAAAGCUCUGGAAGGUGUUCGACAUUUUACGAUCAAGCGCGUGACUUAACACGUGAUACUCUCUUGCGCGAUCUUGAUGAAUUUCAUCUUCCUCCCAUUUGGAGAUUAGGAGGACAUCACCGAAGGCGCUGAAUUUUUUUUUUACAUGUAACGGGAGAGAAAAGAGCAUCUCGUUGAAUGUUAUGAUUUCAAUAAAGGCAGCAAGAAAAAUGGGAA